AUGGAGCGGGACUUAGGAAGAGUCCACAGUGGUGCGCAGGACCCUGGCUACGAUCCUCAGGGUGGUGCUGAUCAGCCUCAAGAAGCUGGAUCCGGACAGAUUGCAGGCAUUGUCAGCGCUGUUGGAGUCGCUCUGUUAGGAGCAGCAUCCAGUUACUUUGCUUACCAGAAGAAGAAGCUCUGCUUUAAGCUGCAGGGAGGGGCAGAUCCAGAGAGUGGUAAAGGCCACAGUGGUGCUCAGUCUGAUCCUCAAGUGUUCAGCAACCUGCUCAGGACGUCCUAGACACCCUCUGCACACGCACAAGACAAGUCAGUGGCCUUCUCUACAAAACUCCUCUUCGUUCAACCUUCAAUCAAAACUUUCUCCAUUUAAUGUGUAAAUACAUCUUGAUUUUCUGUUCACUAAACAAAACUCGAUCCCCAUCGUCGGUGGAGCUGCUUUCGUUACCUUACAGAGGAUUUUUAGCAGAUGGUGAUUUUACACAGAGCUUGUUUAUGUGCUGUGUCUGUGUGCAACUACUGUACACAUGAAUGCAUUGUUUUCUUUUCCUAAUACGUCUUUUAAACCUUAACACUCUAGUAACUGCAAAAGGGUGUGUUUAGUUUAACAUAGGUGCUAUGUGGGUAGGGUUUACGGCAUCAUGCAAGUCAAAUCAGGUGUUUGUUACAGAAAAGAUGUUCUGAAUUAAAACCUUCUUGAUUGUGGCAGACCCCCCUCCCCCAACUGGCAUCUAAGAAGGAUCGAACAAAGCUUUUGUAUUUUUAACUGCUCAGAAUGGAUGUAGAGCAUUUUCUUUAGCACCUUAAAUCCUAAAGGGUUUGUUCACCCAAAUCACAAAGAAAAGAACAUGUAUAGUAUCUAGCCUUUGUUUUGUUCUUGUCUGUUUUUUUCUCUUUGUUUGUUGUGAACUAACCCUUUAAUGCACACCUCAUUAUGCCUAAACCAUAUAUUGUGAAUUCUCAAACUCAAGCAGGUAUUCAAAUGACGACAAGGGGCGUGGCCAGCUUUAACAGCUAAUUAAAGCCGGUAAAAACAUUGAGCAGAGGUGGAAUCACCUGUACCUCAGUGGCUCACAUAUGAAACUCGGCAUGAUGUGCAUUUCCACAGCACUAAUUCCAUCAGUUCACUGUUAAGCUACCGUCAGAGAAUCUUGAGACUUCCUGCAGAUGUUUUAGAGUAAAAGCCUACCAGGAACAAGAGUUUGAGGCUUUGUCCUCUCAGCUGCUGGGAGGCUUUUAAUGUGAAAGGUACGUCUAUGGAAAUGUAGAAUUUAAUUUGCGGCAGGUUAACAGCAACUUUAAGAAAAACUAUAAAGUGUAAACUAUUGAAAAUAUUAAUGUGUGAGAACAUUGUUUUAAUUGGAGAAGACAAACUCAGAGCAACAGAAUGGUGAGUAUGAAAUGUACAGGGUAUUGAAUUUACCAAGAAAACCUGUAAACACAGAGGUAGAUUGAUUACUUAAAAGGCAUACUAGGUAGGAUUUUCCAAAAAUAAAAACAAUGUAUAGACCCAUAAAAACAUAAUCCCUGUCAAUCAUCACCCACUGAAAGUGUGUAUCUGCACAGACCCUGUAGCCCUCAGGGUCUGAGGUCGGAGUUCUAUAAAAAUGUAAUGGCAGAUUGCAGUUUCUGACUCUCUCCUCUGCUCUCCAGCGCUGGCACAGCACUGAAACGAUUUGUGGAGAUAGACACUAUGAAUGUAUAAAGAGAUGCGGUCUGUGUGUCUGUUUGACCGAGGGAAGGGCUGAGUCACCGCAGACAGUGCAGCUUUGGCACAAAAUCCAGUAAUGUGCACCUUAUGCAGGAUUGUGCAGAGGUGUAACUGCUGUGAAACAAUAUAAAAAAAUAUUAUUAUUAAAUAUUAAUAAUAAUUAUUUCUCGUCACUGCUUUGUUCUUAGUCCCUCACUCCCAUUCACUGUCUACAUUGUUUUACCAUCGCUGCUCUCAGUUGAAUUGGGAAGGAGAAGCAAACUUUAAAACACCAACAGAAAAAUCCUGCAUAGUAUGCCUUUGAACAUGGUUUUUACAGCAUAAUACAAAUAUGUUUCUAGUUGCAUUGACAUAAUCAUCACUUACUGGAUCUAAAUCCAGCAGAAAGAGCUUUUUAAUAUAAAAUGCUGAUUGUGAUGCAGAUGGAGGUUACACAAAGUAGAAACUAACUACAUGUAUACAUCCACUAAGUGUGCACAACUUAGAGACGGGUCAUUGUAAGUGAGAUUGCUUAUAGUCUUUUGUAUCACAUAUAAAAACAUAAUAUACAGUAUAAAAAUCUGCCUUUUGUUUUGUCGUCAUGUUGGAGACUGAUCCUAAGUCUGCACUGCAAAAUUAAUUUUUGUCUGUAAUGUGAGUUAAAUCUUAUUUUCUUAAAGCUGCACCAAUCAAUGCAGCAGAUAUUUUCUCUCAGGAGAGAUCUAAGUACAAGAAUAAUAAAUAUCAUCCUCACAUUCAUCAGGUGUGGAUUCUGCUGUGUCGGCUGGAAACCCUGUCUCCUAGAAAUUACGUUUAAUAAAACAUACCACAAUUUCCCCAAAACAUAACCAUACAAAAAAUUAUACAACUAAAUAGAAUUGCAAGAUUAUGGAAAAUUAGAUAUGUUGUGACUGUUUUACUGAUACGUUAAGUAUCAACAUUUUUGUGUUAAUUAACAAUUAAUUAAUUAUGCUCAUCGAAAACAUUCAGUUGGCGUUGUUUCCCUCAAAAUGUAUUUGCUGUUGCGAAUUAGUUCCAUAUAAACUUAAUUUCUGGGAGACAGGGCUGCUUCUGGAUGUGUACACAGGCAACUGUUUGCUAACAUGUUAGCCAUCCUUAGAAGGUGUUCCACCACCCCCUAGUGAUAAAAAAGAAUAAAUAAACCUUUAAAACAAUUGAAACGUGAAACAAGCAAUAUGAUUUUUGUUGUAUUUUUUCCACACCGACAUUUUUUUGGCUCGUUUUAGGAAAAUAAGAUUUUUAGGAAUUAACCGUAGACAGAAAUGACAUGAUGAGAUGGAGAUGUAUUGUAUUUUAUCAAUUGUAUUAUUCAGCUUUGAAGCUCUUUUCGCUCCAAGGCCAUGCUGAUGCACUUUUCUUGGUGGUGAUCUCUUCUGAUCACCACCAAGUUCUCUGAAGUUUGUUAUUCAUGUCUGUUCGCCUGUGUGUCAUCAGUUUGUUAGAAUCACAAAUGAGCACAUAAAGUAUCAGAAAAACUAUUUUAGGUUAGAGAAUUGUUAUGAUGCUGAAAUAUGAAAAUGAGUUGCACCCUUGUGAGCUGUAAAUACUGGAGAAUGAUGUGCAUAGAUGCCUGCUGACUUUUGCCUUAGGCUUGAUGCUGCCAUGUGCUUUGAGCAUUUCAUUAUAAGCAACAGUGAUCUGGAUUUUUAGUGUAUUUUUUUUAAUUUUUUUAUUUAAAUGUGUCUCCGUUUUUCAAGCAUAGACUUAAUCCAGGUAUAUUACAUCUAAUGAUUGGAUCAAUGCUCCUUCUGAGUGUGGAUUUAAACGUGUUUUCAGUAAAGUGGUGUUGUACAGUU